UCAUGUAGAGCCGCGGUGUUGUGCUGUGGGGAAGGGAGACGGAUUUGUAAAUCCCGGAGCGAGGUUCUGCCUACCCGAGGCCGCUGCUGUGCGGAGACCCCAGGGGAAACCACUAUCACCAUGUCUGACCAAGAGGCAAAACCUUCAACUGAGGACUUGGGGGAUAAGAAGGAAGGAGAAUAUAUUAAACUCAAAGUCAUCGUACAGGAUAGCAGUGAGAUUCACUUCAAAGUGAAAAUGACAACACAUCUCAAGAAACUCAAAGAAUCAUACUGUCAAAGACAGGGAGUUCCCAUGAAUUCACUCAGGUUUCUCUUUGUUGCUGAUAAUCACACUCCAAAAGAACUGGGAAUGGAGGAAGAAGAUAUGAUUGAAGUUUAUCAGGAACUAACAGGGGGUCGUUCAACGAUUUAGAUAUUUUAAUUUUUUUUCUUUUCCCUUAAUCCUUUUUUAUUUUAAAAAAUAGUUCUUUUGUAAUGCGGUGUUCAAAACAGAAUUGAAAACUGGCACCCCAUCUCUUUAGAACAUCUGGUAAUUUGAAUUCUAGUGCCCAUUAUUCAUUAUUGUUUGUUUUCAUUGUGCUGAUUUUUGGUGAUCAAACCUCAGCCCCAUUCAUAUCGCCCUCUCCUUUUUAAAAAUUACGUGUGUGCACAGAGAGGCCGCCUUUUCCAGGACUGUGCAUUUACAGGCUUGUGAUAAAUAAGAUUGACUAAUGCAAGUGUUCAUAACGACUUUCCAGUUGGCUCUGAAGUUCUAGCAUGUGAUUGCUUCACUCCUGGACUGAGACUUUCAGUGGGAGAUGGAAGUUUUUCAGAGAACUAAACUGUGGAAAAAUGACCUUUCCUUAACUUGAAGCUACUUUUAAAAUCUGAGGGUCUGGACCCAAAGAAGAGGAAUAGCAGGUUGGAGUCAAGGUGACAGAGGUGGUGAAAAUAAUGACUAACUCCAAAGAUGGCUUCACUGAAGAGAAAGCAUUUUAAGAUGAAAGAAAAAUCUUGUCAGAAGAUCCCAGAAAACUUCUAAUUUUCAUUAGCAGUUAAAGUUAUUCAUGCAGAAGUGUAUACAGCAGAACGCUGCUCUUUUUGACUUUAUUUGUACUUUUUGGCCUGGGAUAUGGGUUUUAAAUGGACAUUGUCUGUACCAGCUUCAUUAAAAUAAACAAAAUAUUUGU